GUUGGAACGACGCGUGCGAGGAUGCGAAUCAUGAACCCUUCUAUCAUUCCGCCCUCUCCUGCGUCCCUUCGGAGCAGUUAAAUCGUAAAUUCUAGGGAAACGCAAUGGAGUCUCGCGUGGGCAACAAGUUUCGGCUUGGUCGGAAGAUCGGAAGUGGAUCGUUUGGUGAGAUCUAUUUAGGUACGAACGUGCAGACAGAUGAAGAGGUCGCAAUUAAACUUGAAAAUGUUAAAACAAAACAUCCUCAGUUGCUAUAUGAAUCGAAGUUGUACAGGAUCCUGCAAGGAGGAACUGGGAUUCCUAAUGUGAGAUGGUUUGGUGUUGAAGGAGACUACAAUGUGCUCGUGAUGGAUUUAUUAGGACCAAGCCUUGAAGAUCUUUUUAACUUUUGUAGUAGGAAGCUGUCUUUAAAAACUGUUCUAAUGCUUGCAGACCAGAUGAUCAACCGAGUUGAAUUUGUUCAUUCUAAAUCUUUUUUGCAUCGAGACAUCAAACCUGAUAAUUUUCUUAUGGGUCUGGGCAGGAGAGCUAACCAGGUUUAUAUCAUUGAUUUUGGCCUUGCAAAGAAGUAUAGAGACACUUCAACCCACCAGCAUAUUCCAUACAGAGAGAACAAGAAUUUAACUGGGACGGCAAGAUAUGCAAGCAUGAAUACUCAUCUUGGCAUAGAACAAAGUAGAAGGGAUGAUUUGGAAUCUCUUGGUUAUGUUCUGAUGUACUUUCUGAGGGGAAGUCUUCCAUGGCAGGGUCUCAAAGCGGGUACGAAGAAGCAAAAGUAUGAAAAAAUUAGCGAAAGAAAAGUCUCCACAUCUAUUGAGGCAUUAUGUCGAGGAUAUCCUUCAGAGUUUGCAUCUUAUUUUCAUUACUGCCGUUCACUUCGCUUUGAUGAUAAGCCUGAUUAUGCUUACCUCAAAAGAAUAUUUAGGGAUCUUUUUAUACGCGAGGGUUUUCAGUUCGAUUAUGUGUUUGAUUGGACCAUUUUGAAGUAUCAGCAGUCACAAGUUAAUACUCCUCGAGCCAUUUGUCAAAUUGCUGGGCCUAGCUCUGGUUUACCACCACCUGUUGGAAAUACUGAUAAGAAUUCAGGUCAAGUCUUAAGUGGUGAAGAGGCUAGGACAAGUGGUUGGUCUGCAAUGGACCCUUCCAAGCGCAGGGCUUCUGCACUACUGAACGUGGGGAGCGUUUCUAAGCAGAAGAGCCCGGUGCCAAAUGAUUCUAUUGGCACCAAAGAGGCUAUGUUAUCCAGUUCAAAUUUCAUGGUAAGGCCAAGCAGUUCCUCUAGACAGGCUGCUGUUUCUAGCAACCGAGACAUGAUGUUGAGCACUGAAUCUGAUCCACCAUACACGCGAACCUCUGAUGCAAGUCCUGGAACUUUUGGCGGAGUCUCUACUACUCAGAAAAGUCCUCCCCUUGGAUCCACUGACCGCAAACGGUCUAAUUCUGGUAGAAAUUACUAUGAAUCCACCCUUAAAGGCAUCGAGGGUCUGAGUUUUGACAACGAUGAGAGGGUUCACUACUAAUACUACUUGAGCUUCCGCAACAACACUAUCACACUGUAAAAAUUAUAUGUUCUCUAGAGCACAGAUUUAGUUUUUACUCGAGGCUGCUACAUUAGAGCUAAGAAGAAAAAACCAAAAGAUGGUGCGCCAGCAGUGAUGGAUAAGCAUAAAAUCUGCCAUUGUUCUGUGUGCUUAAAAGAAGCCUAUUUGAUGAUGUGCCUAAGCAAUCAAACAAAGGCUCCACUUCAGCUCACUGUUCAUGCCAUCAUUCAUUUGUAUUUCAUGGCUGCUAUAUUUUUUAAGCCAUAACCAUAUGUUAACCGGCUUUUAACGUUUAGCGGUGGUUACCUGCAUAUGGGUACCAUCUUAAUCCCCAACGUUGAAAUAGUGGUUGUUUUUGGUACUGUUUCUGUGCAUAAAUAAUGUUUGGAUGUACUGAAGAUCUGUCUCUCACAUGGUAAAAACUUGUGGAAAUUAGUCCUUAUAGAUUUAUUUGCGCCUGGUUUGUUCUGUUACCCUGUUAGUAAAUUGAGGACGAAUAUUGGUUAUUU